GCGGAGACUAGAAGCUUCCAGGGAAGUCAAGAGUUAGAAGUUCCCCCCCCCCUUUACGCACGGGAUUGGGAAAGAAAAAACAGCAAAACCACGCAGGGAAGAGACUUAACUGCUGUCACUGAGCUGCAGAAGGUUGGACCUUUUGGACUUGCACUCUCUUUUGGGGAGAGAUUUGUAAUUUUUAUAUUUUGGGGACGCUUUGGUGCAUGCUCUCUGCUGACACUGACAUUUGUUGAUUCUCCAGAGAGAGAGCGAGAGAGAGAGAGAGAGAGCGAGAGAGAGACUGCUUCUGUCAGCAGCUGGGUUUUCCUAUCCGACUUUCAUGUCUACGAAGAUGGAACAGCCUUUUUAUCAUGACGACUCCUUUCUGUCGGCGUACGGCCACUCGGACGCAGCGAUGCACGACUACAAACUGCUGAAGCCGAACAUGAAUUUGAACUUGACGGAGCCCUAUCGCAGCCUGAAAUCUCAGCUGAGAGCCGAGAUAGAGCCGUACCAGGGGGCCGGGGGUGGGCACCACCACCACCACCACCAUCACCACCACCAGGACGCGCAGGGCUCCCUGAAGCUCGCGUCCCCCGAGCUGGAGAGGCUCAUCAUCCAGAACAGCAACGGCGUGAUCACCAGUCCCACCCCGGGCCAGUACUUCUACAACCGGGGCAUCACGGACGAGCAGGAGGGCUUCGCGGAGGGAUUCGUGAAAGCUCUGGACGAGCUGCACAAGAUGAACCAGAUGCCGCCGCCGAACGUGUCCAUCGGAGCCGGGGGGGUUACGUGUUCGGCGGCGGCCUCUAGCGUCUUCGGCUCGUCCCUGCAGCCGGAGCCUCCCAUCUACACCACACUGAACGCCUACUGCCCGAACACGAGCCUCUCUUCCGCAUCCAGCUACCCCACGGCCACCAUCAGCUACCUGCCGCCGCACCAACAACAACAACAAGCCCAGCACCAGCAGAGCUCCUCGCACCCCUUCCAGCACUCCCUCCCCGGCUCCGGGCUCCACCCGCAGCGGCUCGUCGCCCUGAAAGAGGAGCCCCAGAUCGUGCCGGACCUGCUGAGCAGCGACGGCUCGCCGCCGAUGUCCCCCAUCGACCUGGAGACCCAGGAGCGCAUCAAGGCGGAGCGCAAGCGGCUGCGCAACCGGCUCGCGGCGACCAAGUGCCGGCGGCGCAAGCUGGAGCGCAUCGCCCGGCUGGAGGACAAAGUGAAGGGCCUGAAGAGCGACAACGCGGGCCUCUCCAGCACGGCGUCGGUGCUCCGGGACCAGGUCGCGCAGCUCAAACAGAAAGUCCUGACGCACGUGAGCAGCGGCUGUCAGCUCAUGCUCACAAGCAAGUUGGAGGCAUUUUAAACACAACACAGAGAGACUAUACAGACUAUACACUAGUAAUAACACUGGAGUCAUGUUCUGCAUGUCUGGGAUACUACACAGGCCCGAGGGGGAUGUGUGUAGACAACUCGUUAGGCUACAUUUUAGGCUGAAAAAAAAGACUAUUGAAAUGGUACUUUCCGGAUGCUGGACAUCGCUCAAAAGGACCUUUCUACUCCCCUAGACACCAGGGCAGCAUCCGAACCGAGCAGACACUGAGCAAGAACACACUCACACACACACUCACACGAGUCGGGUUUACUAAAUGGUAGAACAUGGGAAUGAUUAUUGUAUUUCUUUGUACGUUUUUUUUUUUUUGCAACCGAUAUUGUCAUGCAAAGCUGCAUUUAUUAUUCGUUAUGUAAAUUAUUUUUGGUUUUGUCCGGUUGAUCCGGAGAAACUCAUGAUGUCCAAUGUUUACACUUAACCUAUGUCUUCUUUUUUUAAUUUGUGAUGUGUAUUUAAGUAAAGUGUCUUAAAAUGAAACGGAAA